AUGAUGAACAGCCUUAUGUUCUACCUUGGGUUGACAGUCCAGGAUCUAAGAGAUGUAGUGAAGCGUAGACGCUCCUCAGCCCGGCAGGGUGCCAGCGAAAUACCAACAAGUAGCAGCAAGGCCCGGACCCUUGUCUUUGAGGCCAACUGGCUGUGCAUCCGUCGGGCGAGAAGAACCACACCUUUGGUCAGUUUGGCUGAAUGGGGUUUAGCAGCACGGGACCCCUGGGGCUGCCCUCUCCUUACCCCCGAGGGCCCGCCCUCCCCUGCCAGCUCUGCCUUGGGUGUUCCAGCCCAGCAGGUCCUGCCUGCACCUCCUCGGCUCUCCAAAGCCUGGCACGCCCACCACCACCGCUGCCCUGGCUCCGGAGUAAAAGCAUGCAGUUCACCUUCGCGGGCGCCAACAACACACCUAGCGGCCCAGCACACCCGGCCAGGUAGAGGAGCGCCAGGUGCUGUACAAAGAGGCCUGCGCUUCGUGGGCCUUCGGCGCUGCCACGCCCGCUCGUGUCCACCGCCCCCUGCCCUCGGCGCUGGCCCAGCGCGGAGAGACUCUUCCACGCGGCGCGCUCUGUCCCCUCUCUGCCCCCCACCCCCAGCGUCGAUCAAAUCCACCCAGCGCUACUCCGAAAUCCCACGAGCCCGGUCCUCCCACUGCCGCGCCGCUGCCCUCCGCGCGCCCAGCACUGGGCCAGCCCGAAGCCGCCCCCCACCCCCCAAGUCCAUCGCUCCCUCCGAUUCCCGGCCCCUCCUCCGGUUCCCUCCCCCUCCUCGCCCCUCCCCAGCCGGGGUGGGAGCGGCGGCAGCUGGAAGGGAAGGGAUGAGGUCAUCCUCUCCGUCGGAGUCAGCUGGUGGAGGAGAGGCUGCGGGAGGAGGGAGCGCGCGCGAGGGGAGGAGAGGAAUGUGCAGGUCCGAGGAGCGCCGCGGCGGCCGCUGCUGCUCCUGCUGCUGGCGGCGGCGGCGGCUCCCGGGCCCAGCGCCCAGCCCCGCGGGCGGGCGGCGGCGGGCGAGCGGGCGCAGGAGCGAGGAGAGCGGCGCAGCCGGGAGGGAAGCCGCCGGGGCGAGGCGAAGAGGUGGCGGGAGGAGGAAGAGGAGGAGGAGGAGACUGCGGGGACAGGUGUCAGAUAAAAGGAGGGCUCUCCUCCGCCGCCGAGGCAUCAUCAUGGCCGCUAAGUCGGACGGGAGGCUGAAGAUGAAGAAGAGCAGCGACGUGGCGUUCACCCCGUUGCAGAACUCGGACAAUUCCGGCUCGGUGCAAGGGCUGGCUCCCGGCUUGCCGUCGGGGCCCGGAGCCGAGGACGCGGAGGCGGCCGGAGGCGGCUGCUGCCCGGACGGCGGCGGCUGCUCGCGCUGCUGCUGCUGCUGCGCCGGGAGCGGCGGCUCGGCGGGCUCGGGCGGCUCCGGCGGCGGCGGCGGCGGCCCGGGCGGCGGGGUGGGCUCGGGGGCGCUGUGCCUGCGCCUGGGCAGGGAGCAGCGGCGCUACUCGCUGUGGGACUGCCUCUGGAUCCUGGCCGCCGUGGCCGUGUACUUCGCGGAUGUGGGGACGGACAUCUGGCUCGCCGUGGACUACUACCUGCGCGGCCAGCGCUGGUGGUUUGGGCUCACCCUCUUCUUCGUGGUGCUGGGCUCGCUCUCGGUGCAGGUGUUCAGCUUCCGCUGGUUUGUGCACGAUUUCGGCACCGAGGACAGCGCCGCGACCGCCGCCUCCAGCUGCCAGCAGGCUGGAGCCGAGUGCAAGACGGUGGUCAGCGGCGGGUCUGCGGCCGGGGAAGGCGAGGCUCGUCCUUCCACGCCGCAGAGGCAAGCGUCCAACGCCAGCAAGAGCAACAUCGCCGCCGCCAACAGCGGCAGCAACAGCAACGGUGCCACCCGGACCGGCGGCAAACACAGGUCUGCAUCGUGCGCCUUCUGCAUCUGGCUCCUGCAGUCACUCAUCCACAUCUUGCAGCUCGGGCAAAUCUGGAGUUUUUGGAAAGUGCCCCCCAGCUGGUCCUGCAGCUCUGCAUCAUCGUACAGACUCACAGCUUACAGGCCCUCCAGGGUUUCACAGCAGCAGCCUCCCUCGUGUCCUUGGCUUGGGCCCUAGCCUCCUACCAGAAGGCUCUCCGGGACUCCCGAGAUGACAAAAAGCCCAUCAGCUACAUGGCCGUCAUCAUCCAGUUCUGCUGGCAUUUCUUCACCAUCGCCGCCAGGGUCAUCACAUUCGCCCUCUUUGCCUCUGUUUUCCAGCUGUACUUUGGAAUAUUCAUUGUCCUCCACUGGUGUGUCAUGACCUUCUGGAUUGUCCACUGUGAGACCGAGUUCUGCAUCACCAAAUGGGAAGAGAUUGUGUUCGACAUGGUGGUGGGCAUUGUCUACAUCUUCAGCUGGUUCAAUGUCAAGGAAGGCAGGACACGCUGCAGGCUGUUCAUUUACUAUUUUGUAAUCCUCUUGGAAAACACAGCCUUGAGUGCACUCUGGUACCUCUACAAAGCUCCCCAGAUUGCGGAUGCGUUUGCCAUCCCUGCACUGUGCGUGGUUUUCAGCAGCUUUCUAACAGGUGUUGUUUUUAUGCUGAUGUACUAUGCCUUCUUCCAUCCCAACGGGCCCCGAUUUGGGCAGUCACCAAGUUGUGCUUGUGACGACCCUGCCACUGCCUUCUCUCUGCCUCCGGAAGUGGCCACUAGCACACUGCGCUCCAUUUCCAACAACCGCAGUGUGGCCGGUGACCGCGAUCAGAAAUUUGCAGAGCGGGAUGGAUGUGUACCUGUGUUUCAGGUGAGACCAACUGCACCACCCACGCCAUCAUCUCGACCACCACGGAUUGAAGAAUCAGUCAUUAAAAUUGACCUGUUCAGGAAUAGGUACCCAGCGUGGGAGAGACACGUGUUGGACCGAAGCCUGAGAAAGGCCAUUUUAGCCUUUGAAUGUUCCCCAUCUCCUCCAAGGCUGCAGUACAAAGACGAUGCCCUUAUUCAGGAGAGGCUGGAAUAUGAAACCACUUUAUAAGACAGAAGGAGCCACAAUGUCCACAUGAAAGGGUGACAGCAGGGCUGUGGCAAUAAUGACACCUUAUCCAAGUGAAGGGCAAUGAGCUAUAUGUUCUUAGUCCAAACAUUGUCAUGGUAUGGUUUGAUCUUCCAUCAGCUGACUGCCUGCUGCUGGAGUCCAUUCAAGCCAGCAGUGCUGAGAGUCCCUUACUCUGCCUUGAGGGGCAAUGCCAGCUUAGUAUGACUGUUGCUACCAAAAUCCUCCAGCGCAGGCUAGGGGCACAUUCACUGGAGGUACAAUUAUUAUGAAAAAUGUUGCCUCUAAUCAUUAGGGUAUUUUGAUGGCGUUUACUGAUUUUUGCAUAAAUGUGUUCACACACCACCACCACCAUCACCACAACCAGCCCUCUACCAAAAGAGUCAAGGUGGGGCUGGAAAGAUGACUGAGUGGUUUAGCGCACUGACUGCUCUUCCAGAGGACCCAGGUUUGAUUCCCAGCACCCACUCGGCAGCUCACUGAAAUUCUAGCUCCAGGAGACACAGUGCCCAUUUUUGGCCUCCUCAGGCAGUGCACACACCUGGUGCACAGACAUAUAUGCAGGCAAAACACCCACACACAUAAACUAAAAAUAAAUCUAAAAAAAAAAAAAAAAAAAAAAGCUUAGGUGAUUUCCUUGAUGCAAAGCUAACAACAGACUCCAGGAAAAAAAGCAGUAUGCUUGGAAAGGUUCGAUAAAUCGUUUUCUCAUUUGUAAGCCAGUAGCAUCUGUGGCAAAGCCUGUAGAGUGGACAGCAAGACUCAAGUGUUUACACUCGUACUAGCAUUGAUGGAAUGAUUCUUUUUCUAUACUUUUCAGGAUUUGUUUUUUACUUUCGGUUUUGCAGUUGAGAACACCCUUUAUGACAGAAAUUCUAUGCAGCACAUGUAUGGCUUUUGAUGAGACCAAGGAGCUCAAUAUCAAUGAUAUAAAUUAAAUAAUAAUCAGGAUUCAGUGUUGAAUUGCAAAAAUACAAAGAGCAGUUGGGGGAGGGACGAUAUGAGAGUCAGAUUCUCCGGUGUGUGCAGCUCAAAUUGGAAUGCACCCGCAGAGCCAUGGGAGAGGAAAAGGUGCUGUUUCCAGGUCUGUUUCCAAGUGCAGAACGAGCAUGGGUCAGCAGGUGUGAUUCUGGAAACCACAUGUCACGUUUCUAGUGCCAAACUUUGUCCAAUCACAGAACUGAUAUGGAAUCCCCCAAAACUGGGAAUAAGCGGUGUCACAGAGCAAACCAGAGAAGAAUAAUCCGGUUUUCUGCUGUGUACAGACUUACCCUCUCCCAUCCAAGGUCAAAGUGAUGUGUCUCCUAGAGAAGCUGGGACACCUUUUGGCAAGUGUGAGCAUACAGAUGCAGCAUGUAUGCUGUGAGAGAACUGCCUGGGCUGCUUGAGGGCUCACCACUCCAUCAGCUAAGAUUUGUAUUCCAAUCAUCUGUAAAGUCGCGCUCUUACAAGCUUCUGAGUUUUAAAUACCUCCGUACAGCAAGUAAACAUUCCCGCUUUCUUUUCUCAGUGUCCUUGGUCAUGGUGCUUUUUGUUGCAUUAAAAGUGCCGGUCAAACUUUGAUAGUAUUUUUUUAUAGUUGGUGCAGAGUGGAAUAACUCAUGGAUUAUUUCAAUAUUUUUGUAAUAAAAAUAUAGGGUGUACAUAUAGGCAUCGUUGCUUUUUUUAUAGACUUGGAGUUAUUUAAAAUAUGUUAAAUGUCAUAUUCACUUGGGAUAUCAGAAUCUUGUCUACAAAUCCAUCAGCUUGCCUCGGCAGAUUGAAAACACUUGUCUCUGGCGAGAUCACCUUACUUUUUGCAAUUUGAUGUCCCCAAGAACCUGCACAGGGGUGCUAUCAGAGUAUCAAGUGAAGAUGGAAGUAACCUAAUCAGAAAGGGCUUGUGAAGACUGGCCAAUGUCUCCCAGGAAAUCAAAGAUGUGAUUUCUUUCAUCCAUCCAUUAGAACAACCUGACCACAGUGGAAGAUGUCUUAAACUUUCCUGCCUGGUUUUAUACUAACCCAGCUGAUAUAUUAAAGAUUAGUCAAGUCACACAAAAAGAAGGAAGAAAGUCAGUUUCAUUCAAAUAUUCACUUAAAAUAGUCAAUAUCUAGAGCCACCACCUGAAAUGGAUGUGUCGUCCAAAGACUUGACCCUGAAGUGACAUCCACAGCAAGAGACAGAGGGCUCAAUCUUGGACUUCUUUUGGUACAAAGUCCCAAAGCAACUUUUUAAGACAGACGAUUUUUAUCAGACAUAUUUCCUAAUACUGAAUGAUUUGACCCUUCAAGCAAGAUUUCCACUACAAUACACUAAUCUUUUGUUGAAAUGAAGAAGUAUUACCUUGCCACAGUAACGCUCCAGGAAGACACUCGGCUUCUACCAAGUGGUGGACACAUCCCAUUCCGCUGUAGAAGGGAAUCACAAGAAUUUGGGCAGAUACUUCGCUGGUUUGCAGAACCAUGAGUUAUUAACUUCAUUAGUUCGGAGACAACUUCUAACUGAUGCGCUCUGAACUGACCUUCCCAGGUGGACUGCAACUUUGAUUCUGUGAGUGAAUAACGGUUACAUUGAAACAGUGUCCAGCCAACCAAUCCAACAGGAGCCUCCACUCUUCCAUCACAAACAUCUUGGAACUUAUCAACUUUUACUGGAGAUGAGUUGCAAUUAAUUAAUCCAACAGACACUUUAAUCUUGCAAAUUCUUGACUUUUAACAUUGUAACCAAGCUACUGGAAGAGAACAUGACCAUUAGAGGUAAUGGGAAAGGAACACUUGGCUCAGCACUGUGCCCUGGUGUGUCCAGGACUGAAGAGACAGACCUCUAAGAAGUAGACCUAAGGAAAUUUUGCUACCUGGUCUCUCAACACAAAUGCUAUCAAUGUCCAUGGUAUCCAUCUUCUCUCUAUUUUUUUUCCAGUAAGAACUGCUUUCAAAAAAAAUCAGCCAAUGGAUUCCUGGGAGUUUGUAUAUCUCAGAGGAAUGGUGAUGGGUCAAAGGGACUUGCUUCAAGUGGAUUGAAACCCACUUGUUUGGAAAUGAAAAGUCUGUCAUUUGUUAAUACCUGCUCUCUCUUGAGUACAUUCACUGCUUUUAAUUUGUUCCAUUGUCAGCAUUAUGAUAACCAAUGUGUAAUGCUUUGAUUUAUAAUUCAGUUUCAGAGGCUAAAUCUGCACAAGUGUAUAGAGAGACUUGACGCCUGCCUUCCUACUUGGUGACAUCACCAGUCCCACACCAAUAUCCACUUCUACAAGGAAUUUACUAGCCUAUGGCUUUUCAGAUCACAUAAAAUCUUGGUUAAAAACGACCAACCAAAUGGCCUUAAUGCCUACAUUUUCAUUUACAAAAAAACAGGUAUACUGAGAUUUUCCAACCAUGUUUCCUUCCAUUUCUCUUUUUCAAAUAAAGGUGAAAACAAAGUUGUCAGAAGUUCAGAUAUAGUUUUAGAGUAUACAAGAGUCCGAGUGCUUGUGGUCUUGGUAAUUUUUCUGUCUAAUCUUUUGGCAAAAGUUUUAGAGGUUAGAUCUAGGUAAAUGAGUGAAAGUCAUCAAGUGUAUCCAUUUAAACACUCCAGAAAAAAAGAUAAAAGGAUGGAUCAGGGACAAUUGUGUUCCCUACACAAGCAUCUUGGUGGUUCUACCUGAGAUUUUUCUAGGGCUUCUGAGUGGCAUUCCUGGCCAUCAGCUCUCAGGUCCAGGCAAGUCUUUUCUCAGAACUGUCUCUGGGUAUAACCACUAAAAUUGAAUGGUAGAAAGGCAGCCUCCUCCUACUGUGUGACUUACUCUCACAUGCCAGGCAACCAUAACUAGCAAGUUGAAGAAAAUGCUCAUGUCCUGAACCUACAGCCUCCUGUGUAAUAUGUAUUGAGUUGGUUAACUGCAGGAACAUAGGGGCACUAACAGUCUUCUCUAUCACAGGUCAGGAAUAAGUGUGACUGUGGGAGUGCUGAAUACCAGGACCAAAGAUCUCUACCAAUGUAGAGGCCCAAGAAAACCUGUUAAUCACUUGUUGAGAACACUUGCCUUUUUACAAAGUAGACACAAAAAUUAAUCUCUGUCAUUAGAUAAUUAUGUACAUGUCUCCUUAUGAAAUAACAAGGCCUGCUCAACAUGGAAAGAUGGAGGUCAUAUAGGAAGCUUCAUAUCAAGACUGGCUUUUUCUAAGAAGGCCUUCCCUCCUGAGGGUUUUUCUUGAUUAGUGGACCCUGGAAUGCUCUGUACAUCAAGAGCUUCUGAUAAAUCACUCUUGCUUAUUAGACGUAGACUAUUUAAUUAUCCCUCUUUUAAUAACAAUAAGAUUCAGGGUUACCAUGGCCUUACUCAUCAACCCACUGUAAAUAUAUCAUAACAUCACAACAGGCCCGUGUUCAAACAUGCUCAACCCAGUUUGACCAGUAUCAUCUUUUCUGCAAAAGUUUGAAUCCUAAUUCUAUCAGUCAGUUACCUCAUCUGUGUAUCUAUUCCCAGACUGAUAAGUCCUGUGAGAGAGAAUAAUUUUCAGAAAAAUAGAAGGAAAUAAAGGGAGAGUUAGGUAAUUUUUCCACCUAGACCAAAAAAAAAAAAAAAAAAAAAAAAAAUUAGACCGUUGAUCACCCCGAAGUUCUGACAUUUUCCUCAUGACUGAAUUUCUUUUCAUUUGCCGGCUUUCAACAUUUGAAUUUUCCAGGUGAUUGCUGAACCAUUUUCACCAAACCAAAGUAGGCAGUGCAGCAUCAUCAGAAAGGAAAGACUGCCGACAUGAAUGCAGAUAUCCCUAUGAAAAAUCAAGAGGUUGGUCACUCAAGCAGCACAUGUGGUUUUGCACUAGCACACAUCUGGAAUUUCUCUGGAAGCAUCCAGAUGUUUGAAGCAUAGAGAUUUCCAUCCUGUUGUGCGGUGGGUGGAGAGACAAACUGCUCCUGUAUUCCAGAUACCUUUCUUCUGCUGGCAACAUUCUGCUGCUAAAAGUCUCUUUAUUGUACAAAGAGACAUAAACAAUACAGAGCCACUGCGAUUAUUUUUAUUUACUUUCUGAAAAUGCCUGACUGGAAGAGGUUGGUUGCCUGUGCCUAGGGUGUUCUAUACGUGACUGCAUGAGGACUUCCUUGAAAGUGGCCAUUCUUGGAGGCCUUCCACUGCCUUUUCUGAGCAAGGAAACUUCUUUUAGCCUUUGCUAUGUUUCAUCAUUUUAUCAGUUUUUCUGCUGCUGGUAAAUCUUAAACAUUUACAAAAUCUACUGGACAGAAAAGUUUAAAGGGAAUAUGAAAUCCGUAAGUUUUUAAGUUCAAAUGGAUUUUUUUUUUCAUUUUAAGUGUCCCUUAUAAUAUCUUAAAGCUAAAAUUGUUUAAGUUGUUUGAUAUAGUUGCUUCAUGGUGAAUUUUAUGACUGCAGUUGGAGGAAAAAGACUGCUUCCCCUAAAUGAAACAAAUUAUCUUAUUUGGGGGACUUUAUUUGAUGAUGUCAUUUAAAUUAUCCACUGCUUGCUGGUUACCAUGAAUAUGGUAAUGUUGCUUUAUUUUCCCAGUUAAUCCCUGUUAUAUUUCUCCACUAGAGAAAAAAAUUGCUGUAAAGGAAAUUCACUUUCCAGCAGGAGGGCUGAGGAUAUUCACACUGACCCAGAUGUGAUCUUUCCUGGGAACCUUGAGAAGCUAGUCUUGCCCCUUCUGAUACACUGGGUGGUGGAGCUGCGGAUGCCCUCACGUCAAGGGCUUCUCUCACCCACCGAUCUGAAGUUUGGUAGAAAGACACGCAAGCUGUCCGGCCUAUUUCCCUUUAAGAGCACUUUAGCUGCACGACUUGCACUGUGGCACUUACUGUAGGUGAACAAAGAUCUCCGAGAGGCAUUCAGCUAUGCAAACAUCUUGAUGGACUUCCAAAGACAGUGCAAACAUCCCUAACUCCCUAGGUAAUAUUUUGAUUGUGUGAAAUUCAACACUCAGAGCCAAGAAUAACACCAUGAGACAGAUGAUGAAAUUCCUUCUUGAGUCUCUCCUUUCCUUAGAACACCAAAGCCUCACCACUAAGCCAUGUUUGUCCACCCACUAUGCUAACUGUUUUGGACCCUAAUCUGAAUGCAGGCUGUGGCCACAGCCCAGGUGCCCAUGACCCUCCAGAAACAGCUGGUGUGUACACUGACGGUUUUGAUACUGUUUUUCAUUUUCCUUGAGAUUUUAGAUCAUCAAUCUCUGUACCUGUAUGUUAUUGAGAGAAUGUUUGGCUGCUAUUACAACAAAAAUGGUGACAAUUGAUUGACAAAUCACACCCAGAAAGACUGUUUCUUUUAUUGUCUUUGAUUAUGAGGUGAUUGAUGUGAAAUUUAUAGAUUAAUAGAAAGGCAGAAAUCUCUGGGUUGAAUGUUGUGACUAUUUCAAACACGUUUAAAGAUACCCUAUGACACAAUGUUCUUUAUAGUAUAGAAUAUAUUCCAUUUGGGUAUAGGGAUAUGAGGGCAUGUGAUCCGGUGAGAGCAGCAAAGAAACUGGGAGUCUGUGCACACCUGGGUUCUAAUCCUUAGGUCUAUUUCUUCACCUCAAAGCUUACUUUGGCCUCCUUAUUCCCCAUGGAAAAGAGUGAGGAUAUUGUUUGCCUACCUCACAGGGUGUUGUAAAGAUGGUCAGAGCUGGAAACACACUUGGGUUAUAGAACACCAUGCUAAUCACUAAGUUGCAGAAACAGGGAGAACCGUGUCCAUCACAGGGAUAAGAAGGGUGGGACCUGCAGUUGUCGGAGAAGCAGCCACUAUGCAGGUUAAUGCAGGAAAGCUUUCCCCUUAAAGGUCUACGUAGAAGGUAUAAGCUUUCUAAUGAGAUCAAGGAGUUCCUCAUACAGACAUGGAGUGUCUCCAUCUAGAUGGACCAUUUUCUUCUUCAUCAAACUGAAUUUUACUAAAUGUUCAUAAAUACACCUAGAAAUCCUGGCUCUUCCUGAUUGAUCCCUGAGGAGUCUGCCUGGCUGGCUCCACCUGUCAGAACCGUGGAGAGUCCCCAGUUUAGCCCUGGUGAUGCCAGUUGAUAUUCUGGAAUCAAAUCCUGGAUGCUGUAUAACAGAUAUCAUGAAGAUUAGGUGUGGAAUAAUUUGACUUGGUUUACAUUUCAUUUCUAACACAAACCUUAGCAACAGAAAAAUAUGGAGCCUUACUCCUGCUUGGAACUCUUGAGGUAAGCUGUCUCUACUUUAUAGAUGUAUUUUAAAUAUAUCAGAGACCUGCUUGCCCAAGGGAUUCAGGAAUAUAUUGAAAUGUGUGAACUUGCAUAAAUGUAAUACACAGAUGUGAGUUCCACAAAAGGUUAAACAAAAAUUGAGAGAUGCCAGGAAAGCAGCCUCAGCGAAAAUUCUGUGCAACUCUGCAACGCAGUGUCUACUCCUUCGCUUAAACAACUAAACUUGGCCAGAACUAAGUGCCAAGAACAUGAUUUGGGGUUACAAACAUUUGAGUGAUAGAGGCAAUAUUAUGAAGUAAGAACACACCUAUGGAGCUCUGCUAAAAAGAGGGGUAAUAGUUUAGUGACAUGGCUCCAUUCAGUUCCCUUAUUUAAUAAUUGUAUUCAUUUGCAAAAUCAGUGCCAUAGUCUUAAAAAUAUGAAAGAGUUUCCAGAUUUUCCAUUGAGGAGUGAACUCAAACUUAUGUUGUGCUUGGGUUACAUAUAAUAUUGUCAUCCAAUAUAAUCUCUUCUGUUUCUCUAAAAUUUAAUACCAAUGGAAUUAAUCAAAGAUUUAAAUUUUGAAAUUGGCUAAACAUUUCCAAUACAUGACAGUCAGCUUUCUGAAGCAUGAC